GUGAAGAUCCGGGGGCUGGCUGCCAGAGAAGCAUUGCUGAGUGUAAACACUCCAAAGCAUCUCAGAAUGCCCUUAUCAUAGGCAGCCUGAAAGCAGUGCUGCUCUGAGGCUCUGCAGCCAGGAGCAGUCCUGCAAGCAAAGAGUGUUUUACUGUCGAUUAUUAGGACGAAGGAAACUACAGCCAAGCUGACCAGAAAGACUGGAAUUUCAUCUCUCUCACUCUCUGUCUUUCCUUCUGUCGCCCAUUCGUUGGGUUUCUUUCUCUGCCAGCUUUUAAAACCAGACAUUACUGGGUCAGUGACACUCAUUCCUUUCAUACAGCAUGAUCUUGUGCUCAGCCUCCUGAAGUAAUGCUGCUACCUUGAGCGUUUGCUGGAGGAGGAAGAGAAGACUCCCUUUGUCAAGAACUUUUCCACUAGCAGAAAAGAGCUGGCGUAGCCUCACAGUAUGAAGUCCUUUGAGAAAACCUGGUUGUUGCUACUGCUGUCUGUUCUCCUAAGAGUUGUCUGCUCCUCUUUUAUAAGUGUCAACCUUGGCAUUAAAGUGAUGAAGGGACAGUCUGUUUUCCUGUCAGAAGAUGACCUCAAGUUUUCCAUUCCCAGAGAGAAGGAUGUGUGCAAAGUCGAAGUUGUGAGAAACGAGCCAAUCACGCAAAGGGUUGGGAAGCUAACUCCACAGGUUUUUGACUGUCACUUUCACCUUAAUGAAGUCAAGUAUACCCACAACGGUUGUCCGAUUUUAGACGCAGACACAGUCAUGCUUAGGCUGUACAGGUUUACAGAAAAUGAAACAUUUGUAGAAACAUUCACCCUCCACGUACAGUUACUUGAGCCAGACUGUAACAUCAUCAAAAUGCGCUCCCGAGCUUUGGAGGUGCCUGAAUACUACGGUCUGUCCAGGGCAAUCGACAAGAACAUUCUCACUUUUGACUACAACAGGAAGAUAAAUUUGGAAUGCACCAUUUCCAUAGUCUCUUCAGAAACCCACCUCCCUGCUCAUGGCCAGCUCAUGCUGGGAGACGUGCAGCAGGAACAGCUUCGAGGGGAUCAACCACAGAGCUUCCUCCUUGGCCCUAAGCACAGACCAGGCCGGCAGUGCAGAAACGGGAGCUGUGUGUUGGGACUGAGAGUCAUCCAUAACACAGAAAUGAGCUGUGAAGAGUUUCUGAGGAAGGGCAUUCGGUAUCAGCACCUCGACCCUCGCUCGCCAGAUAUUGAUUAUAUUCCACUGAGGCUGGAUCUCACAGACAGCAGAAGCAAGACUCUGCACAAGACUGAGCAUGCGUGGCUCCCUAUUCAGAUUAAAAGUGCUAUGCCCAAUCAAAUACCAAAAGCUGUUCCAAUGACAAAGUUCAUCUUGGAAGUAGACCAAUUUAUUUUAACUCCCAUUACAACCACAACAGUUGAUGCUGAAGACAAGGAAACUCCAAAGUCCCUGCUGGUGUUCAACAUUACAAAGCCACCUCUGCAAGGCUUCAUUACUCACCUAUCAGACCACACAAAGCCUGUUGGUUCCUUCACAUGGAAAGAUCUCAGUGAAAUGCUUAUUGCUUAUCAGCCUCCAAACAACAGCCACACAGAGAAGAGGAAUUAUGAGCUGGAGGUUGAGGUUCAUGACUUCUACUUUGAGAGGAGUUUACCAAUCAUAGUGCAACUUUCUAUUAGAACCGCAGAUACAAACGCUCCUCGGGUUUCGUGGAAUACAGGCCUCAGCCUCCUGGAAGGGCAAUCCCGGCCCAUCACAUGGCAGCACCUACAAGUGGUAGACAAUGAUGACAUCCAAAAUGUUCGCUUGGUCACAGUUGAUGGCUUACAGCAUGGGCGGCUCACAGUGAGAGGAGGAAAAGGAUUCAUGUUUUCAGUUUCUGAUAUUGAGACUGGAGUUGUUUACUACCAUCAUGAUGACAGUGAUUCCACAAAGGAUUUUGUGGUGUUCAGGAUUUUUGAUGGCCUGCACAGUAUUCGCCAUAAGUUUCCAAUCAAUAUUCUCCCUAAAGAUGACAGCCCUCCAUUUCUUAUCAGCAAUGUGGCAAUUGAAGCACAGGAGGGACAGACAAUCCUGAUCCAGGGCUUCAUGCUUCAAGCUUCUGACAUGGAUUCCAGUGAUGACUACAUAGUAUUCAAUAUUACCAAGCCACCACAGGCUGGAGAAAUCAUGAAGAAACCAGGGCCAAACUUAAUAGGGUAUCCUGUCAGCAGUUUUCUUCAGAGAGAUCUGUUUAAUGGAAUAAUUUACUAUCAUCAUUUGGGAGGAGAAGUAUUUGAAGAUUCUAUUGAGUUUGUACUGUGUGAUAGCCAUGACCCUCCCAAUCUCUCAGAGCCACAGGUGAUGAUGGUGCACAUUAUACCUGUGGAUGAUCAGCUACCCAGAGAAGCCCCAGGAGUGACCCGUCACCUGGUUGUUAAGGAGACUGAGAUUGCUUACCUAACUAAGAAACAUCUCCACUUUAUAGAUAUGGAAGAGCAUGAUAGGGAACUCACGUACACCAUAACCACUUCCCCAUUUUUCUCUUGUGUGCAUGGCCACUCCGAUGCUGGGAAGCUGUUUAUGGUGGACACCAUCCCCAAACUGGUCAAGGAUCCUGCUGCUCUUGCUCUGAGGUCAUUUACUCAGCACGCUGUGAACUAUAUGAAAGUUGCUUACAUGCCCCCACUGCAGGACAUUGGGCCCAAUCCUCGGCAAGUCCAGUUUGUAUUUUCUGUCAGCAAUCAGCAUGGUGGCACUCUGUAUGGAAUCUGCUUCAAUAUUACCAUUCUUCCUGUGGACAACCAAGCCCCAAAGGUUUUUACAAGCCACUUGAGGGUGGAAGAGGGUGGCCUGAGCCCUGUCACAGAGGCACACAUUCUGGUCUCUGAUGUGGACACGAAACAGGAACAUCUCUUCCUCCUCCUGCAGCAACAGCCUCAGCAUGGGGCAGUGGAGCUGGAUGGUGUUCCCAUGAAGGAGGGUGACAAGCUUUCCUGCGGGGACCUGCGUAGCCUGGCAGUCAGUUAUCGGCAUGAUGGUUCUGAGACGUUUACAGACAGAGUCCUUUUUGCAGCCACAGAUGGCAUCCACUCCUUAGAGUUCACCCUGCAGGUCAAGGUGUUGCCUGUGAAUGAUGAGCCACCUGUUAUGCAAACAGGGCUUAUCAAUGUGGUACGCUGCCCGGAGGGUGGAGAAGUGGUCCUCUCAUCAGAGUACAUAUAUGCCACAGAUGCAGACAGUGAUGACAUGAAGCUGGUGUUCGUGCUGGUUCGCCAGCCCUCCCAGGGGGUGCUGAGAAAAGCCGGAAUUGUUGUGGAGCGUUUCUCCCAGGCUGAUGUCAUCUCUGGCUUAGUCACCUAUAAGCAUACUGGUGGGGAAAUUGGCUUGAAUCUUUCCUUUGAGAUCUUAACUUUUGUUGUUUCUGAUGAUGAAGCUGACCCAGAUGUGAAAGACUGCUGUUAUGAUAGACCUCUUCCUCCUCCAGUUCCUCUUCACCGUCCACUCCCAGUGUAUGACCUUAACAUCACUGUACUUCCAGUGGACAACCAACCUCCAUCUAUUGCAACUGGUGCAAGGUUUGUUGUGGAGGAGGGCUCCUCAACAGCCCUUACCUCUAACCAUUUGUUUGCCACCGACCCUGACACCACUGCAGAUGACUUAGAGUUUGUCUUGGUUUCUCCUCCUCAGUUUGGUUAUAUUGAAAAUAUACUGCCUUCUCCUGGGUUUGAGAAGAGUAACAUUGGGAUAAGUAUAGCUUCGUUUCAGUUGAAGCACCUGAAAGCCCUGAAUAUAAACUAUGUACAAGCCAGGCACAUGCGAAUGGAGCCAAGAGCAGACCACUUUGUACUUUAUGUCACCGAUGGCCUGCAUCGUUCGGCAGAGAUUCCAUUUUUUGUGCUGAUCAACCCAACCAAUGAUGAAGUCCCAGAAUUCAUAGCAAGAAACAUUACUGUUCAAGAAGGUAUGAUGAAAGAGCUGGAUCUCUCUGUUAUCAAUGCUGUUGAUCUGGAUGUGCCUCAAGACCACUUGGUAUUUGAUGUUGUGCAGCAGCCUUCACAUGGAUUCCUCAUUAAUGGAGUUCAUGGCAGUGAUAUUCUACAGUACAAAAAGUUAAUUCACCACCACAGCAGUGGGUUGCUUGUUCAUGACUUUUCUAUGGAGCAACUGAAGAAUGGUAUGAAACUGAUGUACAUGCAUGACGAUUCAGAAAACCUCAAUGACAGCUUUAAAAUCCAGCUAUCAGAUGGGAAACAUAAAGUCCUCAGAACCAUUUCAGUAAAGGUCAUCCCAGUUAAUGAUGAGAAACCAGUGCUGAGCAAGAAGGAUAAUAUAGAGAUGCAUAUGGGUGAAACUCGAAUUAUUUCUGGUGCUGUUCUGUCAGCUGAAGAUAAAGAUACCCCUAGAGAGAGAAUUUACUACUUAUUUGAAAGAGUUCCAGAAAAUGGCCAGCUUCAAAUCAAGGUAGGCAGAGACUGGGUGACUCUCCAAACCGGAAUGAAGUGCACUCAGGAAGAACUGGAUAUGAACCUUGUGAGAUACGUCCACACAGGAGCUAUAGGGUCCAAGAACCAAGACUUGUUCACAUUUUAUCUGUGGGAUGGGUACAACAGAUCCCCAGCUGUUGACUUCUACAUAAAUAUCAAGAACAUGGAAAAGGGAGACAUUGCUGUUUUCAUAAAACCUCUCAAAGUACCAAAAGGGAAUCGAGGCUACAUUACAACUGAUGUCCUCCUUUCACUGGAUGGUACUGACAAGCCUGAAGAGCUUCUCUAUGUGAUAACUUCCCCACCUCAGUACGGACAAAUAGAGUAUAUUAGCUAUCCUGACAUUCCCAUAACGAGCUUCAGUCAAAUGGAUGUUGCAAGUCAGACAGUCUGCUAUGUUCACAGCACCAAGGCACAUUCAAGGCAAGAUGCAUUCAGAUUCAUCAUCAGCAAUGGACUGAGGACUAAACAUGGAACAUUCAUGAUCUCCCUGGAGGCAGUUGACCAAACUUUGCCUACGCUAUCUAGGAACAUGGGGUUAAGAUUAAUGGAAGGCAGUAUGGUACUCCUUUCUCCUGAUGUCCUGCAGCUUACGGACUCCGACACUGCCAAAGAAAACCUUACCUUCCUCUUGGCUCAGCUCCCCCAGUAUGGUCAUCUCUAUUACCGAGGGGCUGUACUACUGCAAUAUAAUUUCACCCAACGUGAUGUGGACAAUAUGGAUGUUGCAUACAAGCACCGAGGUGGGGAUUGCCAGAUUGACAGAUUUACAUUUGUUGCAACAGAUAGGACUAAUCAAGGCUUCAUCGUGAAUGGGAGGGUGCAGAUCGAGCCAGUGGCAUUCACCUUUCAGGUAGAUCAUUUGGACAAAAUGGCACCAAGAAUCAUUCAUCUCCGUUGUUUAUCUGAUGUGGAAAUGCUGAAGAAUGGCAGUUAUGGGAUCUACAUUACUUCCAGGUCCCUGAAGGCAACUGACCCCAAUACAGAGGAUGACAAAAUAUUUUUUAAGAUCUUACGAGGUCCUCGUUAUGGCUACCUGGAAAAUAUAACAACAGGUGGACUUAUCCAUGAAGGCUUUAGCCAAAAGGAUUUAAAUAGCAAAACUAUAUUUUAUGUCAUCAAUCCAUUGUGGGAAGUGCUUUCAGACAACUUGGAGUUUCAGGUCACAGAUACCAACGGAAAUUCAGCGAUUCCCCAAAUGCUGGAGCUACGGUGGUCUCGCAUUGAAAUGCAGCGGACUGAAUAUGAAGUGUGUGAGAACAUGGGGAUGGUGUCUCUGAAAAUCACCAGGGCAGGACACUCUACUGACUCUGCCUUUAUUAUGGUGAAGGUCAAUGAAAUAUCUGCUGUGCUGGGAAAGGACUUUACAGUGACUCCUUCCAAACUUGUUCAGUUUGAUCCAGGAAUGUCAACCAAGAUGUGGAAUAUAGCAAUUACUUAUGACAGAUUAGAGGAAGAUGAUGAAGUCUUUGAAGUAGUUCUGAACUCCUCUGUGAAUGCUGUUCUUGGCACCAAGACAAAAGCUGUAGUGAAAAUUUUGGACUCAAAAGGAGGUCAGUGCAGUUCUUUACAUUCUUCCAGCCCAAGCAAGCAAGAUUUCUGGAGGAGAAGCACAUUGUUUUCAGUUUCCUCAGGCUCCUCAUCACCUCUCAGUCCUGGCAGUGUUCACUUGGAAGGGAUCCCACCACCUUCUUCCAAAAGGAUGAGAGAACACAGAGGUGACAUACUGCAGGAGCACAGCCUGGCAAAUCGGUCAAGGGCCAGGCUGAGAGUGACUGGAAAUGGCAGAAUAGUUCAUCCUUCAUCUGUAUUUAGAAAUGGAACAGAUGUGGUUUACAAAUACCAUGGGAUGGUAUCACUCAAAAAAGAGGAUGACACCUCAUCAGCUAAAGCAAACAAGAAGGCUGAAGUGUCAGUAAUUAACCAAGCACAAUCACAGAUAAAUGCCAUUUCCACUAGGAAGACAGAAAUCCCACAAGCUGAUAAGGCAGAACUGGCAUCUGAACCAAGCUCAAGACGCUGGGACAUUUACUCCCUUUCAAGGGACUGUACACCAGAUUUGAAGGGGCUCAUGCAUUAUGAAGAAAGCACUCAAAGGUUAUUUCAGUGUGAUGGGAUAGAAUGGAAAUUUUGGAGUUCCCAAAGCAAGGAGGCAAGCAUGAAAAAAUGUCCCUCUGGAUGGCGUCAUCAUGAUGGCAGCUGCUAUUUCCUGGUAGUGAAUCAAAAGGUCACCUGGGUUACUGCUGCUCAGGCUUGCAGAGAACAAUACCUGGGGAGCCUCACAAGUGUGGCUAAUGAACAACACAUGCAGUGGUUGUGGGACUUCGGCGGGAGGAAGCCCUUUUGGAUAGGCUUGAAUGACCAAGUCAAUCCUGGACACUGGGAGUGGAACGGAGGAGAACCUGUUACCUACAUAAACUGGAGAAGAGGCUCCAAUCACUUUCCAAAGAGAGGCAACAACUGUGUAGUGGUGCAGAAAAGAGGAAAAUGGCAAGCAACUGACUGCAGGAAGGCCAGACGGAACAGCUACAUAUGUUCAAGAAAGCUGUAAAAAAUGGGGAUCCUUGUGAAAGCAUGUGAACAUUCCUUUUUUUUCUGUCUUUCUGCAGACAAGUGAGGGUAUGCAGAUAGAAAACUAUCUUAAUUAUCACCAAAAAUUAUUUUAUAUGCUGCCAGAGAUGCAGAUGCUUUGGACUCUUACCAAGAAAUAGAGGUCAGUUGUAAACAGCAAGUUCUGGUCAAGGCUUUGAUCUCUUUCCAAAUACAUCUAUCUGUUACUUGAUUCAUUUGUGUUUUCACACUAAAGAACUAGGCCUGACAGCCUACAUAAAAUUUCUGUGUAAACAUACUUAUUAUAAAAAAAAAAAAAAAGUAGCACAUCAGUCAGUUUGUUUCAGUCUUAAAGAUUGAAUGUGGAUUGGCUGAUAGUUUAAUUAAAUUGCAAUGAAAACUGCAGCUUUGUCCUACAGUCACAGAAAAAGAAAGACAGCUUGGGACCAAAAUGAGGGCAGACUCUGCUGGCUGGCUAUAAACAAGUUCUCUUGGGUGAGGAUGGGAGAGACACUAUCAGAAUACUGGUGCUUCUUCUGUGGAUGCCCAACCACAAUGUUUUACAAAAAGAGUAACUGCAGAAGGGUUUACUGACAACAUACCAACACGAGCAAAGCUUUUUUGUUACUUUUUCGGCCUUCCAAGAACAGUUUCAGAUCCAAAUGAAUCUUUUCACACAGAGCUGUACGUUGUUUGACAUUCUGACUAAAAUCAUGCAAUGCUUUUUGGAGUUCCACGAUGGUGGUAUCAUUUGUGCAAUGUAAUUAAAUAAUGUGGGCUCUCUAGAUCUAAUGCUAUCUCAAAGAAUGAUUUACACAUGCACACAAAAUUAAUACGGAAGCUUAAUCCCAGAAUAAUAUCAUGGGAUAUUCAGUGAUACAUGAACAUCAAUAGGAUUAGUAUGUGUGUACAAGCCAGUGUAACUGUGAGAGGCACAUUAUAUUAAAGCAGCUAUGGAUUUUCAAAAGUAUUAAUCUAAGUCCUUAUUAGGGAUUUGAGGUUUUUAAAAAUAAUAACUAAAAAUCCAGAUUUAUUUCAGAGAAAGGCUUAAAAAUCAGCAUUAAACAGGAAGAAAAAAAAAAAAAGCUAACCAGCUGCCUGUAACUUCCCAUUUGGUAACACUUCGACCUAUCAAAAGACUUGUUUUAGGACCUUCUUACUGCUAGCUUCAAAGUUAGAACAGAAACAAAUCCUAUGCUUCCUAAAAAAAAACCAAUCAACUUCUCCCAAACAUUCCCUCUGCCCAGCAGGAGUGUGUGACAGGUGGUGUGGCACAGCAUAUGGAGAAUUUGCCCUGUUCCAUGUGAACUCUCAGCCCUCCUGUCUGCCUGCCUGCUGCCAGCAGUUGAUUCUGUCUAUGCCCUCUGUAAGUUCAUCAAUUUGUCCAGCCUCUGAACCAAUUGCAUUUGUGCACCAUUUCCAGCUCUGCUCUUUCUAAGGUUCCACAAAGUCUGGUGAGAGAACAGAUGUAACAGAAUCACCUCUCUAGGCUGAAGGAUACCAAUCUGGGUUGUAUUUAUCCCUCCUUCUUGUCUGUGGUAUGUUAGAAGAGGCAUGUCAGUAGCUGGACAGCCCUUCUAUGUGGUGAGGACCUUUGUGAAGUUGCUAUGGUAAAUAAGCACAAGUGCAUCACAAGUUUAGACAUAAAACACUGUGGACAGAACCUUAUCACCCUUAAUGCCAAUAUCAACAGAUACAACCUAAUAUAUUUCCAGGACUUUUUAAAAUUGUUGUUGUUAUCUUUUUGCCAACCUUCUAGACACUUCUGUAGACACUAACACUUUUGCUUAAGGAGUUAUACAAACCAAUACAUAUAUGCUAACUGUUUCUAGAAUUCCCCAAGCCACAUAGCUUCUGAGUACCUGUCCAAGUCUGUUUUUACUUUUCAUAGUCUUCAAUGAAAAAAAGCCAGUAAGAGUCCAGUAAAGCACAUGUGGGAUCUCUGAUUGCGUUCUGGAAUCACUGAGAAAAACUACUAAGAGAGCAUGUUAAGACAACCAGAAACUUUUAUUUCCUUAUGGAUUUCGUGCUGUGUUUAUUGGUGCUAUCUUUAUGAAACUUACGAAGAUUGUUUAAAUACUUCUCAUAAUUACUUAAUGAAUGACCAUAACAGAGAGGGAAUUUUGGCCAGUGAGUUCUUGUUACUUGACAAUGGCUAAUGCCUAGACUGAGAAAAGAAAGAUCUCAGGUUUUUGAAGAGGGGAUAAUUCUUCUAUAUUGUACCUUUCUUAAACUACCUAAAAGUGAUUGAAGAAUAUGACACCUUCACUAUGAAACAGAUUAUUACUUCUGCAAAAUGUAUGUGUUUACUUGUUUCAUUAAAUCUAUAACACUGUAUUCAUUAAUAAAGCUAAAACUUUUAUAUGAUACCGCAAGGACAUUUCUAACCUGAAAUGCUCCAGAAUUAUUUUUCAGUACAACAAACUCUUCCAAGCAUGCACUCAUAAUUUGUCCAUCUUUAAAAAUGAAAUGUUUUUUGAGCAAUUUUUGCAUCUUUUAUUAGAAUACCUGAGUUUGAAGAAAACAACAUACUCAGAACAGGGAAAGCAUGAGUAAGUCACUUUUUUUUUUUCUGGUGCAUUAGGAAAAUGAUGUCUCUAAGAGGUUUAGGAAAGAAAGGGAAUAAAAUCCUAAAAAGUUACUGGGAACAUUUUCAGUCUUCAAUACUGUUUGAAUUGGACUUUAAGUACACUCAGGGGGAAAAGGAGCAUUCAGGGGAUCAGCAUAAACAGGGUAAUUUUGAGAGGCUGUAAAUGUGAAUUCUGGUGUUCACCUGGAUGUUCUGAAUAAACAUGAGAACUAUUUCAUCGGAACUAUCUGUAUGCCUUUUAAAAGCAACAGAAUUAAGAGGCAAUAGCUUAGUCUCUAGGCUGGCUUUUUACAAAGGGAAAUGUAAUGUGAGCUGCUUAUUUGUCAGCUUCUUUUAACCACCUCCUCUCCCUGUUAAACGUCUUAUCUAUUGACCAACUGCAAACAAGUUUGACAGCUGUGUAAAACAUUGCUAGGCAAUUGGCCCCUGAUGCACUUUCCAAAUCAAUGUUUUCUGAUCUGAAUUCUUGUGCUUUUACACUACUGAAAUCUUGCAGUGAGUGGAGUAAUCCUGGAACUGGUGUAAAGACCUCUCUUCGUCCCCCAAAUUCAGCCAAACAAGGGGAGACUAAGAUUCAUUAACUUAGGAACAAGCUGUGUGAGUGUGUUAUUACCCACUCCACAGAGAUAAAGCUUUAAUUUGGAAAAAAAUCUGUGAAGCUUUUCAGAUCUCUUUUGUGCACGCUUAAACUUAAUGAAUGCAUUCAAGUCUUUACUCAUUCUAAAAUUAUAAAAAUAGAUUAACUGAGUAAGUAUUGUGCUUCUGCCUUAUUUAUAUCACAAGACUGGUGCUAUCCUAAUGACUGUAUUCAGAAUGCUAUAUGUAUUGUUACACUUUUGUAAUGUAUGCUUAUGAUUUUGUAAUGCUAAUACACAACUGAAACAUAUUAUUUUGGUGAAAGUACAUUUCUUUAGCUUCCUUCCUUGCGCAGAGGGUUGCCUUCUUCUUUCAUUAGCUAGUGAUAAAAAAACCAUAGUGUUGAGAACAGCAGAAAUGUACUUGCACAAUAUACUUAUUUACUUUGUGAUAUUUCUGAAUUCUGUCUCUUCUUUUGUAUGAGCGUUUUCCUGAAUUAGUCUGUCAGGCACAUUUGUAUCAUGAACAAACUAUAUUUUUAAGAGAAAAUACUGGGAUGUUACUUUUAGAAGUAAAUUCAGGGAAGUUGUGAGCAAAUAUGCAAGAGGAAGAAUGAAUUCAAAGAAUUCAAAAAAGUGAAGAAUUCAUAAAAGCCAGUCCAUAAAAUUUUAAUAUGAUUCUUCAUUUAAACUGUAAUGUAGAAAAAAAGUUAUUGUUCCCAAGUAACCUCCAGUCACCCUUGUGAAAGAAACGUAGAUUUCACUUCUCUUUUAUUACAAGAAGCAAUGCUCCUUGUAAUCAUCUUUGACAUCUCUGCUACUCUACCGCCACUGCUUAACUACUAUUUGUUUAUUUUUGUAGAGCUGAGAAGUCAGCAGAAGUCUAGAAAUAUGAUCUCUAAAUAACUGGAUCUAAACAGAAUAAAGAAAAGGAUACUAUUAUCAUGCAUACAGACAAAAAUUUCAGAAAAGUCUUCAUGCAUUUUAACACUAAUAAAAUAAAGCAUACAUGCAUCUUUUCUGUUGGCUUAUGCUAAAAACAUUUUUUUUGUUGUUUUGUCAAAGUGAAUCACCAUAGCUGUUACAAGUUAUUCAUGGUAAUCCAAGAAGGAAGGCAUGUUUUCCUGAAGAAUGAACUCCCUUUGGCUUACAGUCCUAUGGCAUAACAAGCUAAGGCAAUCAAGCAUCUGUCAAAUAUGGCCCCUCAACCUGAACUUAGAAUUUGGUAUGCUCUCAAUUACUUGGUAAUAUGUACUGGUAUGAUUCAGGAAGUGCUUCAGAGGUGGGUACCUGCCCCAGAUCUUCCAAGUUGAGAAUUAGAACUGUCUAUUUCUGUUAAAGCAAUGAGUCAACACAUAAAAUACAAACAAAUUUAACCCAGCUCUGCUGGAGACAAGCUGAACAUUUUGCAUCUAAAUUGUAGCGACAGUUUUAAACUUGGAUUCUAGCUCUGUUUGUGUAGCAUAGAGAAUGGAAAAUGUGAAUGGAAAGGUAUAAAAUCAGGGAAGAAAGAAAUAGCAUAAUGGAGGACUUUGAACAGUGAAAAGGUGAAGUUCAUAAUGUACAGUACCCAGGUUGAACGUACAAAAUUAAGCAGAUUUAUUGUCUGUUCUUUCAUAUUAUACCUCAUAAAAGCCUUUUGGUUUCAUAAUUGUAACUUCCCCACGAGGCCUGUAUGUGAUCUGUUUCCUUGAAACUCAGUAAAAUAAAGACCACAGAUGGCUUUCUUUGAUAAGUGCAAUAAUUGGAAAA